AUGGCCACAGAGACCACACAAGGCGCGGGGAGACAGGGUGGUCUUCGGUGCCGCUUGUCGAACGCCUGUCUGGCGUCCUGUUUGCGUGCGUGUGUGUAUGUGUACUUGGGACCCCAGUGGUGGACGCUGGAUUGGAGGCGAAAAUCACUUGCCACCGUACCGCCCCCGAUAAACGAUGACAUUUUGCGUCCCUGCGAAAGCGUAUCACUCCGACACAUGCUUCGGCGUCAUCCAUGGAUUUAUGGACUUGAUUAUGGUGGUAGUGGUGGUGAUGAUGCUGAUGAUGAUUGGGGUUUUGGUGGACUGGGUUCAACGCCAGAUUCACUUAGACCGAGGAUCAGGAAUUACGUGUGCGAGGGCCCACUUAGCCCACCACCAUCUCUCCAGAUUGUGCUGCUCUCUCGAUGCGCCACCUCCCCACGCCAACUGAUAAUCGUUUUGUGUUGGGAUGAGAGGUGGUUGCGGUUGGACAUUCACCCCACCACGACAACCAUCACAACGCCCACACGAACAAGCAAAUCGCACUCAAACUACCACCCUCACUGCACACAAAGCGAAUCCGUAGUCUUCCGGCUAGAUGGAGGAAGUCUGUCAACAGUGCGUUCUGUCGUCCAGUACAUGGAUCCGUGCAAAUGCUGUGUGUAUAGUCGGGUGAUGGUACUGCUAAUUGAAUGGCCUCCCAAGUCGACGACUCCCUGA